UGCAGCUCCAGUUGAACCCUGCUGAACUUCUCCUGCUCCUGAGCUCUUCUUCUUCUUCUUCAUCAUGCCUCUCCAGCUGGGUGAAGCUCUUCUGCUCCUCCUGUUUCUCCACAGCUCCCUGUCGGACUUCUACUUUCCAGAUACAAAGCAAGAACACUCGGUCAGAUCCCACGGCGACUUUUCCGUUGUUCAUCCAGAGAAAGUGGACGGGGACGGUCGCUUCGUCUCUCACACGCUGUCCCAUCGUUUUACGAGCAGCAGGAGGCGCCGGCGGCGGCGUGAGGUAGACGCACACGACAGCAAGCGUGUUUAUUACAGACUGAACUUCAGUGGGCGGGAUUUAAGCCUCAACCUCACCGUCAACGACAAGCUCCUGUCGCAUGGGUACGUGUUGGAGUGGAGAACGAAGAGCAGGAGUGACAAUGGACAUCUGGUUCAAAGGGAAAAUGAGUGUCACCUUGUCGGCACGGUAACGGACGGAGACGUGGAGGGAACCGCCGCCCUGAGCAGCUGUAACGGCCUGACAGGCAUGCUCUCUCUCCCUACCGGAGUGUUCCUGAUCGAACCUGUGCGAGGUCACACACCAACACUCACACACCCUCACCAACCGCAUGUGAUCUACCAUAACUCUGCGUGGCUGAGCGUCCGAUCGCGCCGCAGCACACACACACAGCGUGACGUCCACGCCACCUGCGGGGUCAAAGGCAGUCGAGAGCGCUCCGAGCAGAUAGAACAUGAAAGGGAGCUUUGGGAACGAGAGCGGCGAGGUCCGGGCCGAGUGCUGAGUCGGCGUUCAGUGAGUACGGAGCGCUGGGUGGAGACCAUGGUGGUGGCCGACUCUAAAAUGCUGCAGUACCACGGCAACAACAACGUGGAGAGCUACAUCUUUACCGUCAUGAACAUGGUGGCAGGUAUUUACCACGAUGCCAGUAUCGGCAAUGCGAUCCACAUCGUCCUUGUGCGACUCAUCCUGCUGCAGUCAGAGGAGAAAGGCCUGAAGAUCGUCCAUCACGCAGAUUCGACUCUGACCAGUUUCUGUAGCUGGCAGAAGCACCUGAACCCUCAGAGCGACACACACCCCGCACACCACGACGUCGCUGUGCUCAUCACCAGGAAGGACAUCUGUGCAGGUAAGAACCAGCCAUGUGAGACGCUCGGACUGUCUCACCUGUCUGGAAUGUGCCAACCUCAUCGCUCCUGCAACAUCAACGAGGACUCGGGACUUCCUGUCGCCUUCACCAUCGCUCACGAGCUCGGACACAGUUUCGGGAUUCAGCAUGAUGGUCAGGGGAAUGACUGUGAGCUGGUGGGUCGUGCCGCCUUUAUCAUGUCUCGUCAGCUUCAGUACGACUCGUCACCUCUCACCUGGUCCACCUGCAGCAAGCAGUACAUCACACACUUCCUGGAUCGUGGUUGGGGUUCUUGUUUAGACGAUCGUCCAUCUAAGAAGGACAUGACGAUGGCGCUGCUUGCCCCGGGAGUGAAGUACACCCGGCAGCACCAGUGUCAGAUGCAGUACGGACCCAACGCCACUCUCUGUCCCGAAACUGAUAACGUGUGUCAGGUUCUGUGGUGCUCGGUGGACGGUUCCUGUCGCUCCAAACUGGACGCUCCGAUAGACGGAACCAGGUGUGGCCCGGGGAAGUGGUGUAUCUCAGGCGAGUGUGUGGUGGUGGGGAAGUUACCCGAGACGGUGAAUGGUGGGUGGGGCCAGUGGAGCACCUGGUCUCACUGCUCGCGCACCUGUGGCGCCGGUGUCCAAUCAGCAGACAGAGAAUGUGACAAGCCAAAGCCAGCGUUCGGAGGGAAGUACUGUACAGGUGAGCGUAAGCGCUACAGGAUGUGUAACACGCUGCCGUGCGUUAAGAAGAAGCCGUCGUUUCGAGACAUGCAGUGCAGCGAGUUUGAUACGGUUCCGUACCACAACCAGCUGUACGAGUGGAUCCCCAUCACCAGACUCACCCAUCCGUGUGAGCUGCAGUGCAGGCCUGUGAAUGAGGAUUUCACAGAGAGGAUGUUGGACGCAGUGACUGAUGGAACUCCGUGUUUCUCCAACAGCAGCAGGAACGUCUGCAUCAAUGGUGUGUGCAAGGAGGUGGGCUGUGAUUAUGCCAUAAACUCAAAUGCGCAGGAGGAUCGGUGCGGUGUGUGUCUGGGUGACGGCUCCAGCUGUGAGACACUGAAUGACACUUACACACAGAGAGAAGGAUACGGUUACACCGACAUGGUGCUGGUUCCCGCAGGAGCGAGGGAUAUAGUGAUACAGGAAGUGGAGGAGGCGGCGAACUUCCUGGCGGUGCGAGCAGCAGACUCUGAUAAAUAUUACCUUAAUGGCAAUUACAUCAUCCAAUGGAACGGUGAGUACCAGGUGGGCGGAGUCAAGUUCUACUACGAACGCAGCGGCAAUCUGGAGAACCUCACAUCACCUGGGCCUACAACAGAGCCCAUUAUAGUGCAGCUGCUGUUUCAGGAGACGAACCCCGGCGUGCGGUACGAGUUCAGCGUGAAGAAGAACAGCUCAGUGGAUAACGAUCUGCUGGACCCUCAGUACUGCUGGAAGUACGGAGCCUGGACUGACUGCAGCGCCACCUGUGGACAAGGUGAGCAGCAGCAGCCAGUGCGGUGUUUUCGAGCCGGUGUUGGAGUGGUGGAUGAGGAGCUGUGUGAUCAGAACACUCGACCUGAAGACAGACAUCGCCACUGUAAGAACAUGGACUGUCCUGCCAGGUGGUGGGUGGGCGGAUGGCAGUCGUGUUCGGCCUCCUGCGGUUCUGAUGGAAUAAGAAAGCGCACGGUUCUGUGUGUUAGAACCGUGGCUGGAGAGGAGAGAGUUCUGCACCCUGGGGACUGCAGGAAACUCCCCAAACCCAAAGCAGCUCUGACCUGCAACCGCAACGUGACCUGUGGCUCAGCCUGGGCGGUGGGGAACUGGAGCGAGUGUUCUCUGACCUGUGGUGGAGGGGUGAAAUCUCGUAGUGUGAAGUGUGUGAUAGAACCCCAAAUCCGCUGUGACCCUGUGACCCGACCUCGAUCCACAACCUUCUGCAACCUCCAGAGCUGCUCCAGAACCCGACCACAACCUCCGACCCUAACUCCGGGUCAUGACCCUGAUGACCUCACGUCUAACCCCACACCCACACCGUACACACCCACCAUGAUCACAUCACACACUCCGACUGCGAGUGUGUUACACGAAGACGAUCAGGAGUUCAUCUUGGUUACUAACAGCAGUGUAGUAGACGACACACACACGGGUCCGAACCAGGACCAGGAGGAGGAGGAGGAGGAGGGCAGUACGGACCUGCAGCAGCCCCCUGACGGAUCACCGUACACACCGGGCUACGACUACAUCAUGGAGGACGAGACAGAGGACGUGUUCACCCUUCACACACCUGUCAGCACUGUACACACACCUCGGACCACCACACAACCGGCCCACAUAACAACUACACACACGUUCAUUACUACCACACAACCAGCCAGGACAACAAUCACACACACAUUUAUGACCACAACCAAUCCCCUGACCACUAAAUUAUCCACACACACAAACACACACAGAAGAACCUCCAGUACCCCACAGAACCUGAAGGUCCAAGCGAGAUCACACAGCCCCACACGAACACACCCGCUGAUGACGAAGAACAAGCACACACCCAGAAACCCCAGCAGGUCCAAACUGAUGAAAACAGGAAGUGGCGAGAACACAGUGGCAUUCUGGGUCGUGGGCAACUGGAGUGAGUGUUCUACCUCAUGUGGUCUUGGAGCAGUGUGGAGAUCAGUAGUGUGUAGUUCUGGUCAGGAUUCAGACUGCAGCAGCACCGCCAAGCCUGAACCUGCACACCACUGUAACCUUCAACCCUGUGCUGUAUGGAGAAAGUGUGCUGAGGGGUGUGUUAGUGGUAUGAAGUACAGGGACGUGCAGUGUGUGGACUCUCAGAGCGGCCGAGUGUUGAGACCGUUUCACUGCUCGGACCAACCACCGCCUCCUACACUGCAGUGGAAACACACACGCUGGGGACCGUGUUCUCAGAGUUGUGGAGGUGGACUGAUGGAGCGCUCUGUGUUUUGUCCGGAGCCUGAACACUGUGACGCGAGUCUCAGACCUGAAAGCUCCGCCCCCUGUAACCUCCAGCCGUGUGUGUGGUGGGUUACUGAACCCUGGCAGCAGUGCUCAAAGAGCUGUGGUGGAGGUGUACAGAAGCGAGUGAUCAGGUGUGUGAGUGGAGGAUCGGCGGAGGAGGUGAAGCGCUCGCUGUGUCUGAGAAACGACGAGCCCGAGAGUUUACGUGUGUGUGCUGAGGAGGAGUGCAGACCUGAGAGAGGUGUACCAGUGUGUAAGAGAGACAGCGUGUCCACUCGGUUCUGCUCCACACUGAAGCUGCUCGGUCGCUGCGUCCUGGACUCCGUCCGUAAACAGUGCUGCCUCACUUGUGCGAUGUAAAGUUCAGAGGUCACGCUGGAUCAUCAUCACACACACACACACACACAUGUUCUGAACAUGUUAUUCAUGUGUGUAGAGAAUGAUUGACACCUUAUAGCACAAGCGUGAGCUUUUUAAACCUUUUCACAUAUUACUUUUUAACGAUAAUCCCCUCAAAACAAAAAAACACCUGGAAAUAGUGGGAGGAGCUUCUGAAACAACACGUGCAAUAACCACACCCAUAAACCCAAACCUGAUGAUGACGGUGAUGAAGAUGAAGAUUUAAACACGAGUUGAUAUUGAUCGAGUUGAAAGUCUGAGAAUGAGGAGAGGACGUAAGAGUGUGUCCAGCAGUGCUUUAUCAUCACCAUCACGUACUGUGUGUGUGUGUGUGUGUGUGUGUGUGUGAGUGAUUGAAACCUUAGCAUGUUCAUUAGAAGUUAUUAGAUGUGUGUGUGUGUGUGUUAGAUGGUGUAGAGUUCAUUAAGCAUCUCUAAAGAGUGUGUUAGACAUCGUUAGUGUGUGUGUGUGUGUGUGUGUGUGAGGAUGAGGUGUUGCAGGUCAUCCCUCUCUGGCCUACAGAAAGACAGUAAAAAGACCUGAAGCUUUUCAUCCUGAAUCUUUUAUAAUGAAUCUUUUUUCACUUUAUACUGUCUUUAUUACUCCGGUGUUCAUGUGUACAUGACUGUAUAUUAAUAAAUGCUGUGAUGUGA